UCGUUUGAACGUCAAUUUGAACGCGCUCGCUUCCAUUUAACGUCGUCAACGUGUUGGCUGUAUUUCGAGUGCUCUCCUAAAUUCAGAAAUACUUUAGAAAAAUGCGCAGCCAAGUGCUAAGUUUUUGCAUUGCCAUUUUGUUAAUUGUUUGCCUCAUGUAGAGGGCACAAAUACUAAGUGGUAAAUAUGCCUGGAACAGUUUUGUUAAAUCUACGAACUCAGAAUGACCGCAAGUGCGCUAAUGAGCACGCCGAAGAGGAUACGCCAGAUAGGCGAAAGUCUGACAAUGUUAACCAAGGAGGCGCAUCACGAGGUCGUACGCUGUGAGCUUCUAGUAAUAUGUCUCAUGGUGCUCGUGGCGAUUUUCUCCAUUAUGUGGAGCGUUUCACUGCACGUGCUAUCCGGCGAUUUCUACGAUGGAAUCAUCAGUGCCAAAAUAAUGUUUAAGGAUCGCGACUAUGGCCAAAUGGAUAACAGAAGCAAGGAGAUCUUCCAGCAGGAUCUGCAAAAAGUGGCACAGCUACCGUAUGAUUCAAAUGAAACGCCGCAACCGCUGCAGAGCGACAGCCCAGAAACUAAAAAGCCAAAAUACAAAUUCGAACAUAUCUACGAGCCGAAGGAUAAUGCGCUCCUGCUAGCCCGGCUGGUCAGCGAACGGGAGCAGGAGGAUGCGCAGCAGGCAACAACAACCACAACAAAUGCACCGCCAGAGAAGGUGCCCAAUGCGGAAGCGGAUCGCAAAUUUCUCGCUAGCCAGUCCAUAGAUACACAUGCCACACGCUGGAGUCGCGGCAUUGGCGCCCAGUUUGUUUACACAUUUCCACUGAUAUCCGAGGCUGUGGCCAUUAUCUGGACGGCCAUGUGUCUCAUCUAUCAAACAGGCAACAAGAAAACAUCUGUACUGCCCAAGCCUUGGCGAAUUGUUGUGCCCUCCAUAUUGAUCUUCACGCUGAUGAGUCUGGGCAGCGCGGCAUACACGAUACUGACCAAUGGCUAUCUGAGACGUCUGUGUGGGCAUUUGCGGCAAGGUCUCACCAAUCCCCUGGCCAUCAGCUGUGGCGAUGCGAUUGCCCUGCUGCGGCCGCUCAUCCACGAGCACAGCGUCUCGCACGAUGUGUAUCUGGAUCUCUUCCGUUGCAGCUAUAUCAUCAGCAUGAUCCUGUGGCUCUUGGCCCUGCUGGUCAUGGUGCUGCGUUACAUAUAUGCCUUUGAUUUCCAACUGGUCGAUAUCGAUGAUAUGUUCGAUCAUUGCCCAGCUGGCGCUCAGCCCAUACAACCCAUUUAUACGAAGGUGCUGCAGUCCAGCCCACAGCGUCACCAGCAUCAGCAGCAGCAGCAGCAACAGCAGUUGAGACCCAAGUCGGAGGAUGACUAUCAGAGCGCCAAGUCCCGGCUUAGCGAUGUGGCCAUGCCGCUGCUCGAGCUGAAAGCCCAGGAACAACAGCAACAACAACGGCAACAAACGCACUUAACAACUUUGGCCUAAGGCUUGACUUUGUCACAAGCUGAAGCACAUCAGAAAUCUCAGGUUUAUUUUUAUAUACGAUUGUUUUGGAGAACAAAGCAGGGAUUAAGAAGAAGAACUAGAACAAAAUGAAAGAAGCGAAUAAGAGAAGUUAGUUUCGGCUUGCCGAAUAUUAAGUCCCCUUGCAGAUGAGUUUUGCGCAGCCUAAUAUUUGACCCUAUCCUGCCCAAGGAAGCUAAUUAAUACAGUAGUCCGAUUAUACAAAAAUGAUGCUCUCAAAAAUGUUACCACAUUCUAUAUAUCAGCAAUCUUUGCUAUAGCAGGUGGAUAAGGAAGAAAGAUAGGGUAAUACGAAGUUCUUAAGAUUUUUUGCCCAGAGUGUAAUAUACAGAUGUACAGAAUAAUGCUCGUACCAGGUAAAGAUAGGAUUGAUCGAUCAACAAUUAAACUUUCAUAUUGUUACUUAUUUUUGGAGCCUUUAUAAAGCUAUAUGAUAUAGUAGUCUGAUGUGGAUAAGAAUUAAGGCACAUGUGAAAAGGAUAACAUGUAAAUGUAAAGAUGGUCAAGAUAUCUCGGAAAACAAAAAACCUUUCUCUUAUUGAGCGACUCGCUGCUAUAUGAUAUAGUUAUAUAUAUAUAUAUAUUGUUUAUAUCAAUUUUAUGUCUGCCCGUGAUCAUAAUAACAUUCUCUGCAAGGGUAAAGGCAAUUUCAAGUUCCGAUUUGAAGUCUGCUGAACUUUCAACACAACAAAACAAAAAGGUUUCGAACAAUCCAAUGAUAUUAUCUAAGCUUAAGCUAAGUAAACUCGUGCCUCGUUUUAAUUUAUAAUAUAAUCGAUUUUAGUUUUCGACAAAUAGUUUUAAUUGAAAUGCAAUAGUCUAACCAUAAAGCCAGAAUGUGCAAAUAAAAUACAAAUAUUCCAUAUACAAACAAAAAACAAAAAGGACCAGAUGCUGUCCACCCUACAGAAGCUUCAUGGUAAUUGUCUUGGUCUCCAGAUAGUUGUCCAGACCGUCCUUGCCUAGCUCGCGACCAAUGCCGGAGUGCUUGUAGCCACCGAAGGGUGUUUGCGGUAGGACGGCAUCAUAGCAAUUGAUCCAAACGGAGCCGGCGUCGACACUAUUGGCGAACUUCAUGGCCUUGUUGAUGUCGUUGGUGAUGACGCCGGCGGCGAGGCCGUAUUGCACACUGUUAGCACGCUCAAUGAUCUCCUCGAUGGAGCUGAACUUGAAGAU